UCUUCUUUCUCCUUAAAUCUAGGUUUUCAAUUCUCGUUCACUUUCGCUUGUGCUCGUUUCAUCGUUAGGGUUUUUGCUGAACAAUUUCUCUCCUCUCAAUGGAUCCUUCCGACCUUAAUUCAGCUGAUUUGCAGAAUUUUUUAGCUGAAGAACAACAAAAAGCUCAGAUUCAUGAAAUUGUGGCAAAGAUGACUAGUGAAUGUUGGGACAAAUGCAUCACAGGUCAACCUGGGAGUAAGUUCAGUUCCAGUGAAACUAAUUGCCUUACUUACUGUGCACAGCGUUAUAUGGAUAUGACCGCUCUUAUCGUGAAACGGUUUCAGAGUAUGCAAUGAAGAUCAGUGACCUUCAAUAUUUAGCAGCAAAUUUUGGAUUCUUUUUAUAUUUUGUCGAGGCUUUGUUGCAAUUGAUUGAUGGGUUUCGGAUUUAAAAUGUCAAGCAAGAACAAAAAUUUAUUAUGUGUAAUGUUAUAACACUGAUAUAUUGUCAGCUUACCAAGGGUUUUUCCAA